AUGAAUGGAAAAAUUAAAUCAGGAUUAUACAAUCCAUACUCAAAACCAGUAAAUAGAAAUAAUAGUAUUAGAGAUGAAGAGGAAGACUCAUCAUUUUUAGUAUCGUCUCCACCAUCCCCAAAUAACGAACAAGUGGAGAACAAAGGUUUCUUUAAGACCAUGGUAAAUAAGAUUUUAUCAAAGCCUCUGAAAUGGAUGUUUUCAGAUUUUGAUGAAACUACUCAACAAACUGGUGUUACACCAAAGAAGGUUGGUCAAAGAAAUGAGGAAUAUAAUAAUAAAGAAAAUAGUGAAUACGAUAAUAAUUUAGCAAAAGUUAAAUUACCUCAAACAACAGGUUUAAAAAUCGAUACAUCCUCAAUAACUUUCAAUGAUUUAACCCAAAAUAUUAAACCAAAUAAUAUAACAACCACUACUACAUCAAAUAAUAAUAAUAAUAAUAAUAAUAACAAUAAUAAUACCAUUAAUAAUAAUAAUACAACAAUUAAUAAUAAUAGAUCAUCACCAUUAAGACCAAAUGGUGCUUAUAAUGUUGGAAUUAAAAAUAUAUUAGUAAAUAAUAAACCAACAACUUCUGUAACACCACCAUUAUCAACUACCUCAUCAAUUUUAAAUAAUAAUAUUUCAACUUUAUAUCCAAAUUUAAAACAAGAUCGAAUAAACGCUUUUAAUAAUUCAACAUCUACAUCACCAUCAUUAAAUAUAAAUAGAAAUAUUAAAAAUAAUUUAUCACCAACCCAAACUAAAUUAAAAAUCAAUACUACAUCACUUUACAAUACAGCAACUCUUUCGAAUACACAAUAUAAAACUAAACCAAUUUCUUCAACAUUGUAUGGUAAUUCACCAUUCGAAACCACUACAUCAAUUUUAUCAAAAAGAAAGUUUAGCAGUGAUGAUGGUAGUAAUAGUUUAUAUAAAUCAAAUAAAGACGAGGAUGAUAGUAAUCCACCAUUAAAAAAAAGAAUUUCAGAUGAAAAUUCAGUAAUGUUAGCAACUAGCCAAGCAGCUAAAAGAAUUUUGGAUUGUUUAGAUUCAUUUUCAAAUCCAGUUUUAUCCCAUUACAAUUUACAAACAUCUACUCAAAAUGGUAAUGAAUCUAUUAAUGGUUCAGCAAGUACUUUUGGAACCGAUUCAACACUUUCAUCUUCAACUGCUCUUAGAUCAAGUUACAGAAUCCCACAAAUUUCUAUCAAUUAUAAAUAUAACCCAUAUGGUUUAAGUAAAUUAUUGGAAAAAAAACCAAAAUCAAAUAAGGAUAAAGAUUUUGAAAUUCCAACAACUUCACUCACUUCAUCAGUAUCAUUAUAUAGAAAACCAGGUACUCAAACAACUACAAGCACAAGCAUACAACCAACAGUUUCGUCAAACACUAAAGAUACAACAACUCCAUCAAUACCAAAAACAAUAUCACCAACAGCUACAACAGCAACAGCAACAACAGCUACAACAGCACCAGCAACAACAGCUACAACAGCAACAUCAUUAUUCACACCACCAGCAACUACAUCAUCAUUAUUUGGUAAUAAAGACUCUGAAGAAAAGACAUCUAGUUUAUUUUCAAAUACUAACGCUGCUGAGAAGAAACAGGAUAAAUUUUCACCAUAUGAAAAGAAGAGAUCAAAGGAUGAAAUUGAAGAAAAUGAGGACACUUUUAAAUUGCCAAGUUAUAAAGUUGACAUUCCACCAAACUUUAAUUUGGAUACAUCAAAUUUCAAAACUUUACCAUUAUCUUCCACAUUAAACACUACCUCAACACCAACAUCAAACAUGGAUAAAAAAAAUAAAAUUGAGUUUAAUCCAAUUCCAACAACAGAAAGUUUUAAAAUUCCAGGUCCAAUUACACUUGAAACAUCCGGCUCAUUAUUUGGUACCACUGUUCCAUCCUCAGCAAGUAAUAAAUUUGAUUUAUCUAGUACCACCAAAAAUUCUGAAAAAGAAACAGCUAAGCCAAUAUCAUUAUUUAGUGACAAAUCUGAAGGUUUAUUCUCAAAACCAUCUACCGAGGCAAGUAAAGGUUCAUCUCUAUUCACUUCACCAACAACAACCACAUCAAGUCCAUUUGGUGCUCCAGCAUCUGUUGAAAAAGAUAAGGAAAAGACAUCACCAACAACACCUUCAAGUUUAUUUAAUAAUGCAUCUGUGGGUUUAUUCUCAAACAAAACUUCAACAUCAGCUUUACCAACAACAAACUCAAUAUUCUCUUCAUCAAACUCAACCAGUAUUUUCGGAUCAGCUCCAAAAGAAACUGUAAAACCAACUUCUACAUUACCAACAGCAGCACCAACUACUGGCGGAUUUGGAUUUGGUACUGCUAAAAAACCAGAUAAUGUUCCAAAAGAAAAAGAAGAACAAGAGGAGGAGGAGGAACAAGAAGAUGCUGAAGAAGAGGAAGAGGUGGUCGAAGAAUUUUAUGUUCCACCAGAAUCAGAUGAAGAGGGAGAAGAAGAAGAAGAAAAUUAUGAAGGUGAGGAGGGAUUUUAUGUUCCACCAUCUUCCGACGAAGAUGAAAAAGAUAAAAAGAAAGAUGAAAAAUCAAAUUUACCAUCAUGGAUAUCAGGCUCAAGCCUCUUUACUUCAACUCCAACUAGUGGUUUAUUUGAUACAAAACCAUCUGCAUCUAAUAACAAUUCAUCAAACAGCUUAUUCUCUGGUGCUUCAGGAAGCAGUUUAUUCUCUAGCGGUUCGUUAAUGAGCAAUAAGAUACUUUCAAAUACAUCCGAAAAAUCACUCUUUAACCAAGGUCCAGAUUCAAGUGAUGAAGAAGAUAAAAAGAAGAGUAAAAAGAAGAAAUCAUCACAAUCUCCAACCACUUCAAAAGUAUCUUCAGCCUCAACUUCAACCUCAUUAUUUGGCGAUAAUAAAUUAAAUGGCUCUACUUCAACCUCAUUGUUUGGUGAUACCAAAUCAAAUGGCCCUACCUCAUUAUUUGGUUCAAAUACCUUAUCAUCAACCACACCAUUAUUUGGUUCAAACACCUUAACAUCAACCACACCAUUAUUUGUAAAUCAUAAUAGUUUACCUGAAGAUGAAGGUAAAGUAGAUGAAAAAGAAGAUAAAAAAGAAUAUAAGAAGGAUGAAAAACCAGGAGCCUCAUUAUUUAGUGGUAAUACCUCUUCUAUUGGAUUAUUCUCCUCAUCUUCAAAUUCACCCUCAUCAACUACAUCUGAUAAACCUUUAUUCACUAAUUCUUCAGCACCUAUUUCUGGUUCAUUGUUUGGCUCAAGUUCAUCAAUAAACUCAACCUCUUCAUCAUCAUCAGCAUCAUCAUUAUUUGGUCCAAGUACAACCCCAGGUUUAUUUAGUAGCACAAAAGCUGAUGACAAAGAAAAGAAAGAAGAUAAACCAGUUUUAUUUAGUAGCAACAAUACUUUAGUACCAACAACAACAACAACAACAACAACACCACCAUUGUCAUCAUCAUCAUCAUCAUCCACAUCAUUAUUUGGUUCCACCACAACUACAAGCUCAUCAUCUUUAUUUGGCAGUACUCCAUCAACAACAUCAACACCAUCAUUUUUUUCAAAUCCAUUUACUUCAACCGAUAAAAAAGAAGAAUCAACAAGUACAAACUCCUUAUUUAGUGCACCAUCCUCAACAACAGUAGCAUCAGCAUCAUUAUUUUCAAGCUCACCAUUUACAACAUCAACUCCUUUUUCAUCAACAACAUCAUCUACACCAUUAUCAACAACAACCAAAUCAGAAACCAAUUCAUCCUCAACUUUAAACUUAUUUAGUAAUCCAACAGAUAAAAAAGAAUCAACAACAAGUCUCUUUGGUGGAACAACAUCACCAAGUUUGAACACAACAGCACCAUCUGCAGGUUUAUUUGCCCCAUCAACUGCACCUAAUCCAUUUGGAAACCUUGGUUCUGCUCCCUCAACAGCUCCUAAUCCAUUUGGUAUGAUGGGAUCCAAUGGUACCCCAGGUUUUGGUGGAUUUGGAAAUGCUCCUCAAUCAUUUAAUUCAAAUCAAUCCUCACAAGGUGGUUUAUUUUCUCUUGGAAAGAAUGAUAUUACAAAAAAGAAAAAAAAACCAUAA